AUGGUAGUUGUAAAAAGAACAAUUGAAGUAGAAUCUACCCAAACUUCAAAGAAAAGAUUAAUUACAGAUUUCUUUGGGAAAAAGGAUGUGGUAGUUUCGAAAAAGUUGAAUGAUAUAGACGCGUCAGAACAUAAAGAAUUGAUAGAGGAAGAAGAUGAUUACUCAAAUUUUUGUGAAGAAAAUGACUUUAAUAAAGAAGAGUGGAUCAAAAGCUUAUCAGAAGAAGAAAGAGAAUUGCUUGACCUUGAAAUAAGAACAUUACAUAUUACUUGGUUAGUAUUUCUUCAUAAAACAAUUACAAAGCCAUAUUUUCUUGAAUUGAAAAAAUAUUUAAAGAGUCAAAAUGGAAAGACAGUAUUCCCCAAAGAAGAAGAUAUCUACUCAUGGUCAUAUUUGACACCUUUGCCAAAUGUAAGAUGUCUCAUUCUUGGCCAAGAUCCAUAUCAUAAUCACAAUCAAGCUCAUGGGUUAGCAUUUUCUGUAUUAGAACCAACAAGACCUCCACCUUCACUUAUCAAUAUAUAUAAGACUAUAGCAAUUGAUUAUCCCGAUUUUAAAAUCCCAGAUUAUAAAGUCUUGGUGAAACAGGGGAAGCCUGGUGGUGGGAACCUUACUAAAUGGGCUAAACGAGGAGUUUUAAUGCUUAAUGCCGUUUUAACUGUUGAAGCGCACAAGGCAAAUAGUCAUGCUAAAAGAGGUUGGGAAACAUUUACUGAAGAAGUUUUGAAGGCUGCAUUUCUGUACCAUUCUAAAAGAAAUGGAUUUGUAGUUAUGGCAUGGGGUACUCCAGCUCAAAAGAGAAUUUCAACCAUAUCAUUUAAUAACGAGAAAUUCUUAGUAUUAAAAACAGUUCAUCCUCUGCCACUUUCAGCUCGUAGAGGAUUUUUCGAAUCAAAAGUAUUUAUAAAAUGCAAUGAAUGGUUAGAAUCAAAGGGAUACAAUAAGAUAGAUUGGGGGGUUUUAGAAGGAAAUGUUGUACAAUAG